CACAGAAUUAUAAACUCAUUUUAUCACGGAUCUUAAAUCUUAACCUUACAAAUUUUAUUUUUUUUUUAUUAUUUAAUUUGUACUUUACAAUUUGUCCAGCUGGACAUUUGGUAAAUUUUUCUAACUUAAUUGUUAAAUAACAUGUGGAUGGCUAUCCCCAGCGGGAUACCAUCUUCGAGAUUUUGUUAACUUGAGAACGAAAAGAAAGAUAUGGGAUAGAUAUUUCGCCUUUAAAAAGUUCAAACCACGACGGACCGAAAGGUUUGUAAAAAGAUUUUCAGAAAAUGUAUUCAGGUGGGCAUCCGAAUAUGGACAUAACCUGAUUUGCUUAGAUGUAGAAGAAUAAUAAAGAAAUAAAGUAUAAGUGUAAGGUAAAAAGAACUGAAGAGAUAUAACUGCUCUUUUGAAAUAUUUUUUCUAUAUAGGAACUUGCCUGACGGAAGAAAUAUUGUUCACAUAUUCGGACACAUACACGGAAGUAUUGAGUCAAGCUUGGCAUCCAGAGAUAGCAAUGUCAUUCGAUAGUUUAGAAUCUUUUACAUUAAAUAGCUCUGAAACCUUAUCUACCUGGAUGACGGAAGGCAAUAAUUUCGUAAGCAUGACUUUCGAUUGUAAGAAAGCCUUUGUAGGAGAAGAAGCUUAUGUACUUAUCAAAUUCAAGAACGUCGGCGGAGAGGGUCAGUUUUUCAUAAUGAGCGAGGCAGACUGGUUCUCUAUGAACAUUAUAGAUAUCACAGAAAAAAAUAGUUUAAAAUUAUCCUGUUUUACCGUGUGGCCUGCGUAUUUUGCACUGAACACAAACGAAGAACUGGAUUUUCAUAUGUACUUCUCACCAGAGUGCUAUGGAAUUCAUGUGGAAAAAUUAUACAUAUUAUGCGAUAAUUGUACCUUGCUGGAAACAGAGAUAAUCGGUGAUGGAUUAAUAUAUGAACCCAAUUUCAUCCAGCUUACAUUUAAUGAAAUUAACACCAUUGGAAAAAAAUAUUGAUAAUCAAGCGAAUUAUUACAUAAACCUGAGCACCAAUACCCCUGACAGUAUCGGGCAAUGCAUCAUUGCUGUAAACAAUAUUAGUGAGAUCAGCAUGCAUUUUUCCUGGAUGAAACGAAACGUGCAAACUGACAUGCACAGAAUACAUACAAAGAAUUAUUUUCCCUUAGAAUUGCUUCACAUUAAUCCAG